CCGGCCGAGCGGCGGCGGCGGGGGCCGAGCGAAGAUGGCGGCGGGCUCGGAUCUGCUGGACGAGGUCUUCUUCAGCAGCGAGGUGGACGAGAAAGUGGUGAGCGACCUGGUGGGCUCGCUCGAGUCGCAGCUGGCGGCCAGCGCGGCGCCCCCGCCGCUCCUCGCGCCCCGCGCGCCCGAGCCCCGGGCCGCGGCCGCCGGCGCGCUCGGGAACCAUGUCGGAGCCGCCGCCGCGCCGGCCGAGGGCGCGCCCGCCGCGGCGCCGGAGCCGCCCCUCGCAGGUAGGGCGCGCGGGCCUGGGCGCGGGCGGGCGCCGGGCGGGCCGCCGCCUCACCGCCGCUUCCCCGCAGGGCCCGCCGCCAAGCUGGGCGCGCUCGAGGCCGGCGCGCCGGGGCGGGCCGGGCCGGGGCCGGGGCCGGGCGCGGCGGCGGCGCCCGGGGCCUGCGCGCCCGGGGCCGGCGCCGGCGCCGCGGCCGCGCCCGAGCCCGCCGCCAAGCCCGCCGCCCGGCCCGGCGCCGCGCUCGCCCUGAACGGGAGCGCCGGGCCCGGGAGCCCGCUCCGCGCCGCCGCACCUGCCGCCAGCCCGCUGCCCAACGGGCCGCCCGCGCCCGCGCCGCCCGCCGCCUCCGUCAUCCAGACGCCGCCCGGCCCCGGCGCGCCCGCGCCCCGCGCCCCUCGCCCCCCGCGCCCCCCGCGCCCCCCGGCGCCCCCCGCGCCCGCCGCCGCCCCGCCGCCGCCCGCCGCCGCCGCCGGCCUGGCCCGGCCGCCCGGGGCCGCGGCCCCCGCGCCCCCCGCGCAGAACGGGGCGGGCGCCGCGCCCCCCGCGCCCCCCGCCGCGCCCCCCGCGCCCCCCGCGCCCCCCGCCGCGCCCCCCGCCGCGCCCGCGCCCGCGCCCGGGCCCAAGGCCGACUCGCCCAAGGCCGCCGCGCCCGCCGCGCCCCCGCCGCCCCUGGCGGGCCCCGGCCCCGGCCCCGGCCCCGGCCCCGGCCUGCUGCUCGGCCCGCCGCUGCCCGCGCCCGGCGCGCCCGCCGCGCUGCCCAAGGGCCCGGCCGCCGCCGCCGCCAGCCUGCCCCGCGCGCCCGCGCCGGCCGCCGGCGGGAUCCGGGCCACGCUGACGCCCACCGUGCUGGCCCCGCGCCUGCCGCCGCCGCCGCAGAGCCCCGCCAACAUCCAGAACUUCCAGCUGCCCCCAGGCAUGGUCCUCGUGCGGAGCGAGAACGGGCAGCUGCUGAUGAUCCCCCAGCAGGCCCUGGCCCAGAUGCAGGCCCAGGCCCAUGCCCAGGCCCAGCCGCAGACCAGCAUGGCGCCCCGCCCUGCCACCCCCACCGGGGCCCCUCCCGUGCAGAUCUCUGCCGUGCAGGCCCCCGGAACCCCAAUAAUUGCACGGCAGGUGACCCCAACAGCCAUUAUCAAGCAGGUGUCUCAGGCGCAGACGACGGUGCAGCCCAGCCCCGCGCUGCAGCGACCGCCUGGAGUGCAGCCCCAGCUGGUCCUGGGCGGCGCGGCUCAGAACACCCAGCUCGGGACGGCAACGGCGGUGCAGACGGCGACCCCCCAGCGCACGGUGCCCGGUGCCACCACCACCUCCGCGGCUGCCACGGAAACGAUGGAAAACGUGAAGAAAUGCAAAAAUUUCCUAUCUACGUUAAUAAAACUGGCUUCAUCCGGGAAACAGUCCACGGAGACUGCCGCCAACGUGAAGGAGCUGGUGCAGAGCUUGCUGGAUGGAAAAAUCGAAGCAGAAGAUUUCACUAGCAGGUUAUAUCGAGAACUUAAUUCUUCACCUCAACCUUACCUUGUGCCUUUCCUGAAGAGGAGCUUGCCCGCCCUGAGACAGCUGACCCCCGACUCCGCGGCCUUCAUCCAGCAGAGCCAGCAGCAGCCGCCACCCGCCUCGCAGGCCACCACGGCCCUCACGGCCGUUGUGCUGAGCAGCUCGGUCCAGCGCACGGCCGGGAAGACGGCAGCCACGGCAACCAGUGCCCUCCAGCCCCCGGUCAUCAGCCUCACGCAGCCCACGCAGGUUGGCAGGCGGGCAGUGCUCCCUCCCUGCUCACCUCUGGUGAUCCAGCAGCCGCCCAAGCCUGGGGCGCUGCUCCGGCCCCCGCAGGUGACGCUGACGCAGACGCCCAUGGUUGCACUCCGGCAGCCCCACAGCCGCAUCGUGCUCACCACACCCCAGCAGAUCCAGCUCAACCCGCUGCAGCCAGUCCCCGUGGUGAAACCCGCUGUGUUACCGGGAACCAAAGCUCUUGCCACUGUCUCGGCCCAGGCAGCUGCUGCUCAGAAAAAUAAACUCAAGGAGCCCGGGGGAGGCUCGUUUCGGGAUGAUGACGACAUCAACGAUGUUGCGUCAAUGGCAGGAGUGAACCUGUCCGAAGAAAGUGCUAGAAUUUUAGCCACCAACUCGGAGCUGGUGGGCACCCUGACGCGGUCCUGCAAAGAUGAGACCUUCUUGCUCCCGGCCCCUCUGCAAAGGAGGAUCCUGGAGAUAGGUAAAAAGCACGGCAUCACGGAGCUGCACCCUGACGUUGUGAGCUACGUCUCCCACGCCACGCAGCAGAGGCUGCAGAGCCUGGUGGAAAAAAUAUCGGAAACGGCCCAGCAAAAGAACUUCUCUUACAAGGAUGAUGACAGGUACGAGCAGGCCAGUGACGUCCGGGCUCAGCUCAAGUUUUUUGAACAGCUCGACCAGAUUGAGAAGCAGAGGAAGGACGAGCAGGAGCGGGAGAUCCUGAUGCGGGCGGCCAAGUCUCGAUCCAGACAAGAAGAUCCGGAACAAUUACGGCUGAAGCAGAAGGCGAAAGAGAUGCAGCAGCAAGAGCUGGCGCAGAUGCGGCAGCGGGACGCCAACCUCACGGCGCUGGCCGCCAUUGGGCCGCGGAAGAAGAGGAAAGUGGACUCGCCAGGCCCGGGGUCGGGCACGGAGGGCUCGGGCCCCGGCGCGGCGUUGCCCGGCGGCUCCGGCGGCGGCGGCCCGCGGCAGUUCGCGCGGCAGCGGAUCACGCGCGUCAACCUCAGGGACCUCAUCUUCUGCCUGGAGAACGAGCGCGAGACCAGCCACUCCCUGCUGCUCUACAAGGCGCUGCUCAAGUAGCCCAAGCCAUGGCGGGCCCG